AUGAAUACUCAAACACCACUAGCUACCACCAAUGAGUUUAAUAUUCUUAGUAUAAAUUUCAAUCAAGACCAAGGAUGUUUUGCAUUCAGUCAUGAAUAUGGAUUCCUUGUUUACAACACCAAUCCCAUAGACUUACGGGUGAAGAGAAUUUUCAAUAAUAGUAAUGGCCAAGGAACGGGUAUUGGUAAUGUUACCAUGCUUCAUAGGACCAAUUAUUUAGCAUUAGUAGGUGGAGGUAAGAAUCCUAAGUUCUCCAAUAAUAAACUAGUCAUCUGGGAUGACUUGAAGCGGAAAAGCAGUUUAACCUUAGAUUUUAUGAGUCCUAUAUUGAAUGUACUUUUAUCAAGAAUUAGAAUCAUCAUCAUAUUAAAGAAUCAAGUAUUGGUAUAUGGAUUUCUGUCACCACCUAAAAAAUUUGCAUCUUACGAAACCAUUGAUAAUGAAUAUGGUUUAGGAGACUUAUCAGUAUCAUCAUCUAAAUCCACACCCAAUUUAUCAUCAUCAUUAUCAUCGUUAAAUUCCAACGAUUCUAUACGGUAUCAAACAUUGGUCAUUCCUGGUAGACAAAUAGGUCAAUUACAAAUAGUUGAUGUUUCACAAAAUGGUCAAGAGAAGAAUUUGAUUAGUAUAGUUAAAGCUCAUAAAUCAAAGAUUAGAUGUGUUUGUUUAAAUAAACAAGGUACAAUGGUAGCAUCAGCAUCGGAAACAGGAACCAUUAUAAGAAUUCACUCCACUCAUAAUACAGCUUUAUUGUACGAAUUCAGAAGAGGUUUAGAUAGAGCUUUAAUAACAUCGAUGAAAUUUUCUCCUGAUGAUUCUAGAUUAGCAGUAUUAUCAGAUAAGAAUACUUUACAUAUAUUUACAUUGAUUCAACCAGUGGAAGAAGAUGAUAAACUUCAAAAUAAUCGUAAGCAUAUUUUCAAUAAGUUACCAGUACCAAUAUUUAAUAAUUAUUUCAAUUCUACAUGGUCAUUUUGUUCAGUAAAUACCAACCAAUAUCAUAAUGAGUUUGAAAACGCCAAUGAUGAAGGAACUAUUGGUUGGUCAGGUAAUGAUAGUAUCAUAAUCAUUUGGAAACUUAAAAAGAUAUGGGAAAAAUAUGUCAUUUUGGAGAAAUCUGAAAAGGAUAAACCUCAAUGGGAAUUAAUACGAACCAGUUGGAAAGGUCUCGAUAAUCCUUUGGAUUAA